CUAACGUCGAGCUAACGCUGAGCUAAUAACGGUCAACGGUUAAACUAGCUGGUUAGCUUUAGGAAGCUAAUGUUGCCUUCAGGAAUGUCACCUUAAAGCUGACGGGAAACCACCGGCUGAGACGCGUUCAGAGACUUGAUGACAGAGACGUUCUCGCCCUGUCUCAGUGUCUGAGGAACAACAGGUGUUGAUGUGAGGUACAAUCACAUCACAGAUGAAGGGGCUGGACACCUGGCUGAGCUCUUACAGGUGAGCAGGUGAUGGAGGAUGUGGAUGUGCAGUGUCCGGUUGUUGUUGAUGUUUGUUCUGUUUCCUCUGAGCAGGAAGACAGCUCGGCUCUACGCUCUCUGGAUUUAAUGUUCAACAACAUCCAGACAGACGGAGCUCAAGUUCUCUCCAGAAGUCUGCAGUGUAACAGCACCUUGCUCUCUCUCAGGCUGUCGGGUAAUAAGAUUGAGAACAGAGGAGCCAUGCACCUGGCCAGCAUGCUGCAGGUGAACACCACCCUGAGGGAGCUGGAGCUGGCUGCCUGUGACCUGGCCACUCAGAGUGUGAUAGCGUUCGCCAUCGUCUUGAAAAGCAACACGAGUCUUCGCUGUGUGGAUAUCAGCCGGCCUCUGCUCUUCAGCCACCAGGAGGAGUGGGCGGUGCACUUCUCUGAGAUGCUGGCGGUGAACAGCAGCCUGGUGGAGCUCCACCUCGGGAAGAUGGGGAUGAGCGACACCGGGAUGGAGAGGCUGACUGAAGGUCUGCGUCUCAACCACAGCCUGCGCUACCUGGACCUGCAGUGUAACCGCGUGACUCGGGACGGCGCGCGACAUCUGGCCGAGGUCCUGAAGCAGAACCCGACCCUGGAGAUCAUCGACCUGUCUUGCAAUCGGAUUGAAGAUGACGGCGCCGUGUACCUGAGCGAGGCCGUCGCCCGGCCAGGCUGCGUCCUGAGAGAGCUGUCUGUCAGCAGUAACAACAUCCGGACGGAGGGUCUGCUGUCUUUGGCUCAGGCUAUGAGCGUUAACACAACUCUGAACCACGUCUACAUCUGGGGAAACCACCUGGAGGAGCCCGUCUGUCAGGCCUUCAGAGAGCUGGUCGCCAGCGGCCGGCUGCCUCCGGAGCAGACGGACGUUAGCGCCUACGAGGUGGACGGUCGGGUGUUUCUCUCUGAGGUCUUCAACAGUUUGAGGAGACACUAUCACAGCUCCGGUACCGACACAUCCCGCACCUCCGACACUGCGACAGACCACGCCUCCAGCCCCGACUCCACCUUUCCACCAUACGUUGAGAGUCGGCAGCUUGUUCCCCUGCAGCCCUGCUAGAGUCUCUUUAACCUCCUCACAUUACCCAGAAUCCCAACAGACCGAGACUUAAAGACGGACUGAAACAAAUACACACGUCAAAAGUAUAAAAGUAAAUAAAAGAAUGCAAAUAUUCCCAAAGAAAGAAGUCUUGAAACUUUGUUUUUUAAUUAAAGAUUUAAGAGUAACUUGUGUAUUCAUGUUGGACCAUUCAAGUAUUCCAUAAGUUCUUCAUCAUAUUCUAUAAAACAGCUGUAUGAAGAGUUUAUCAGAAACAUAUUUAAAUCUUUAUGUUAAUUUAAAGCACAUCAUAAACAUUCUGUUUAACCAAAUAAUUAACAGUAGAAAUUAUGUUUUAUGAAAGAGCAACAGGAAUAUGAAUAUUGAUCUACAGUUAAAGAUUGUUCUCAGAUCAGAGACCAUAACUCUGUAAAAUGUAUUUUAAUUACAAAGUAAACAAGAAUUUAUUCCUUCCUUAGUUACAGAUCAGCACAUUUGUUCUGGACGUCGUUAUUUGUUGGUUUUUUACUUGAAACUGUUAAAAAAUACCAAACAAAAAUGUCCUCAAAUGUAUAAUCUCUAUGAAAUAAAGGCAAUAAAAAGCCAGAAAAAAUAAUCUUAGUUUAAGAAUAGAA